AAACCCUAAUCAAGGAAAGGAUCAAAGGACGUACGCCAACUAAAUUCACUCAAACAAGCACAACCUUUCCUUCUUUGUUUUUGUAAAAACUAAAAACUAACGGCCCUAACCGAGCAGUUCCGAUGGCGCAAGUGCAAAACCACGGCCAUGCCACGUCGGCGGAGAUGGUGGUAGAUCAUGAUCAGGAGGAGGUGUUGAGAAGGAGGAACGAGGAACUGGAGAGAGAAUUGAAGAGGAGCAUGGAAAGAGAGGAGAAGAUGAAGAUGGAGUUGCAGAAGAUCUGGGAGAGGCUGCGGGUGGCGGAGGAUGCAGAGGAGCGCCUUUGCUCGCAGCUUGGUGAGCUUGAAGCGGAGGCCAUGGAUCAGGCACGUGAUUACAGAGAGCGUAUUAUAACAUUGAUGGAACAGCUGUCGGCAGCUCAAAAGCUUAUACAAUCGGCUUCACUUCACGUACCUUCAUCAUCAAUGGCUUUGUAAAUUGAACACUACUUGUAAAUUAUAUUUUGUGUGAACAUGUGUUUUACAUAAGAAAUAGCAUGUGAGAUUGGUUGAUUAA